CACGGGUUCUAUUGUUUGUAGGUUUACAUUCAUGAUUUAAAAAAGUUUGUUAAUUAUUUCGUAGGUUUAGUGAAAUCUACAAAAAGUAUACUUGAAAAAUGUUCUAAAAGCAUUCCAAAACAUGGUAAUUUCUGCAGAGCUGGAGUCUUUCUAUAAACAAUGCAUUCUAAUAUUUCGGAAUGUGAUACUGAACUCGAAAUACCGUCGAAAAAGAUAAAAUUGUCUCCAGUUCAAGAGAACUGUAAAACUAAGGAAAGAAUUCUUUCUAAAGUUUUACAAAAAGAAAUACAACAAGAAAUAAAUUUAAGAAAAGAUGAUUUAGAAUUAAUUGAAGGAAAUAUCUUUCUUGUAAGACAAAAACUUAUCCAAUUGAAGCAGGUGUUAGCUGCUGAAUAUUACCGUCAAAAAAGUGUUAAAGGAUGUUUGCAGUACCAUCAUCACCCUGCUGUAAAAGAUACAUUUAGAGGUAAAUAUCCUGUUGGAUAUGAAGGUAGCAGUUCGGUUAUUGCUACCUCGAAUGAGGCAGCAGCUUUGGGUUCUCCUGCUGUUGUUAAAAAAGAAUUUGAACCUGCACAAGAAGUUUCUAAUGAUGAAGUUAUUAGUGCCAUAGCUCAUUCAGCCCAGUUAAAUAAAUUAUUGGAACAUGACAAACUUCCAUGUUAUAUUCCACCAAAAAAUACUGAUGACAAUGUUGUCAAACCUACUGAACCUCGUGGUAUAGAUUCUAAAAAGGAAAUAAGAAUAAUCGUUGGGAACGUAUCAAAAUGGCUCGCACCAAUGGAAUCAUCAGAUGCCACUCACAAAUGGACCGUCUAUGCCAAACUGGCCCAAACUAAUCUGGACAUUUCAUUGUUUGUCAAAAAAGUUGUAUUUUUUCUCCACAAAAGCUAUAGACCUAAUGAUAUUAUUGAGAUUAAAUAUCCUCCUUUUAAACUAACACGUAGAGGAUGGGGAGAAUUUCCAUUAAAAGCUCAGUUUCAUUUCAAAUCUCCUGAGAAUCCUCCGAUUGAUGUGCUGCACCAUCUAAAAUUGGAUCAUAACCAUACAGGAUUCGAAACUUUUGGAGCUGAGACAUCACUGACAGUUUGGGUACAUUAUCCUUUGGAAAACGGAUUUGUUAAAGAUAUAAAUAAACCCACAGAAGAAAUAAUUAUUAAAACUGAAGAUGUAAGCAAUAAUAAGAUAAAAGGUGAUCAGAUUGCAAGCAAAUUAAACACCUUUCAGCAAAAUAUUUUCGGAAACUCAGACGUGAUCAGCGACAUUUCUCUUAAUGCUAACAUUGAUUCAUUUGAGAAUGAAAUUAGUUCGGGCGGUUUUAGUUUUCCUGAACAUUCUUGCGAUUCUGAAUCUAUCAGUAGUUUGUUUGAUGAAAUGAAGCAUGAAGAACUGCAGUCGUUAACAAAUUUCAUAGCAGCUUAUGGUGAAUCAAUUCACUCAAACCAAAACUUUGUCAAGGGAGAUAAUUGCAAUGAAGUAGGACUUAAUUCGGGUAAAAACAAAAUCAUGGAAGACAAAACAAAUUUUGAAGGAACAUCGUUUUCAAAUAAAAAUUUUCCAGAAACUAGUUCGGUUCGAAAUGAAAUCAUGAAAAUAAAACAAGAAAUUGAAGACAAAUUUUCGUCAACACAAAGUUUUCAAGAACUAAAUUCUAUUGAAAAUAAAAUCGUAGAAAUCAAACCAAAAACUGAUGAAAAAUUGUCUGAAAUAAAUUUUAACGAGUUUGAAAGAGAAGGACUUUUUGUUGAUGAAUGCGCAGUUGUUGCUGAAGAAAUAGUUAUAGAAGAUGAUGAAUGUGAACUUGAUUCCAAUAACGAUCAAAUUGAAGAAAAUGGAAAAACAAGUUUGCACAUACCUAUUGAUACCAAAGAUUGUCAACAAACCUGUAAAAAUCACAUUACACAUUCCUUAUCUAAUUCAAGCAUUUUUUCUGAAACAUCUAGUUUCGAUUCAUUAAAAAAACAUGAAAAUAAUUCCUUUGCUUCUGAAAUGUCAUUGGAUAGCAUUGUUCAGCAGCUUGGAAUACAAAUUGAUGAUGGAAAUAAAUCCGCUCAUAAUAUCGAGACCGAUAAGUCUGGGCAGUUAAAAGAUAUAGAAGUAUUAUCAGUUCUACAAGAUCAAAAAUCAAAUAAAAUUAUUCCCAAAAGUUCUAUUGAAGUAAUUAAUGGCUUACCAUUGAUUAAUAACAGGAAAGUACAAAAAAAUACUGAAAAGAAAUCGAUGAUAAUAACUUUGCAGAAAGAAAAUGGACAGAUAAUAUUAAGGAAAGAGGCUAAAGUACAAAAAUUCAAAGACAGCUCUCCGAAGAAAGGACCCGUCCCUGUAGAAAAUAAAUCUAUUUUAGUUAACAAUAAAUCUUUAGUUAAUUCAAAUCCAAUUCCUAUCAAAAACAAUCGAAUAAUAGUCGAUGUUAAAAAGCAACUUGCUGCAAAGCUGCCUAACCAACAAUCGAGUGCGUCGAAAAAUGUUCCUUCUGCUUCAAGAAUUACAGCUGUCAGUACUAAUAGUUCUCUUCAGAAAAAAUCUCUUCCUGGAGUCAGUAUUCUUAAGAAAGCAAAAAAUGUUAAUAAAGAGGAUCAUUAUGAAGACAUAAGUAACCACGAUUUAGUUCGGCAGUGCCCCAUUCAGAAUACUGAAAUAGCUGUUAACUGGUUAAUGAAAAAGUUUCCACUUGUAGAUACCAGGUCUACUAAAGCUGCCUUUCAUGUGAGGCAUCCGUAUUGUGCUAAAGACAGAGAUGCAUUUCUUAACUGGCCGUUUGCAAAACAGCGAGCCGCCGAAUGGAUGAGAGCCAAGUCGAUCGGUCGAAUUCUGAAUGAAAUUCCUCAUUUAGAAAAGUGGACGACGUUGGAAAUUUUGGACUGGGCUAGGGUCAGGUGUUAUACCCCUAUAAGAAAUAUUCCAGAAUAUGAUGGUCCAAUUGUAGAACCUGCAUUGGAUUUCGUCUACCGUCCUAGAAUUGAUGGUGUCGUGGAAUUAUUAAAACAAGAUAAAAUACUGACUGAAAAAGAGAUUGUGGAUGUUACCAGUGAAAGUCCAGCUAAAGGAGAGGUCUCAAGUCCUGCUGAUGUGGAGUCUGCUGGUACAUCACAGGGCAUUGCCAAUAGUAGUAGCAUCGUGUUACCCUCGGAUAAAGAACUUGAAGGAUUUUCAAGUUUUGUGAACAAGUGUAUGAUGAAUAGUGUUGGUAAAAAGCCUUCCCACGAAGAACUGUUGCCAGAUGUACGAUACCCAGCUGUCCAGCGUGUAUUGGUUUCUGUCUUCUCAUCAAUCGCCGAAGAGUUGGUUAGGAGAUCUUACAAUGCCAGCUGGAUAAGGCAUUGUGACAACCCUCCUCCUGAAAUCAGUAUUACAGACGUCCAAGCAGCCAUUGUCAGCAGGAAAGAAUUUGAUUUUUUGCUUCCUCUUAGUGAAAAUAAAGGAAAGGAACAAGCCUCAAUUAUGUCGUAUUUCAGGAAGUAAAACUGUUACCAUCCAAUUGGAAUGUUGUGUUUUGCAACCUGCCGUUUGAGCCAGUUUGUAAGGGAAGAGAAGUAAGAAAGUAUCGGCCUUGCAGAUAGUUUCUUGUAUCUUCCGUCAGAAAAUUCAGCCAGAAGUUCGUACCACGUUUUGAUAUUUCCUUGAGCCAUCAUUUUCCUAAACGGGGUCAUAAGACAGAUAAUUGUUAGUAAAUUGUCAGCAUUUAUUGAAGUCAAAUUCAAUUUCAGGUGUAUCGAUAAACAUACAAUUUUAAUUUUUGAAUUGACUGGACUAAUUCACAAUUCUCUGGGAAUCUCUAAUAGUCCUCUUAAGUCUAUAUAAUAUAAGGUAACCUUUUAGUAUAUAUAUUUUUAUUUCUAGGAAUUAUUAAAUUAAACGAAAUAUUAUAUUUUUGGAAAAUUUUGUAUUGUUAUAAGUUUAAAUUUUUCAAAUUUGGUUUUCCUAUUAUAUAAUUGAUGUAAAUCUUGAUGUUAAAUAAGAAAGUUUAAUAUGUAUUAUUUAAUCACUUACUAUAUUCAGUUAAUUUUGUAUUAAAUUAUAUACGGUGUUAUUACUGUCAAUAAUGUUUCAGUCUGUUCAUAAAGAUUAGGUGCCAUUCAUUGUUUUUUAUUUAUAUUUAAAAAUAAUAAAAUAAAAUGAACAUUAAAGUAUUUUGUAUAAUUCUUAAUAAAUCAUGGAACCUGUACUUUUUUCUUUAAUUCUUUUCUGUAAUUCAGUUAAUUAUCGAAAAUAAUUUUUAAAGGCAGUAUGAUAUAUUUUUA